UCAAAAUAUUGCUGGAAAUCGGUCGUUAGAAGAAGAAGAAGAUGGUGAUGUUGUUGUCGGCAUUGGGAUUGAAUAAGUACUCAACUCUCUCCAGGCUACUCCCCGCCGGAGCUGGCCAGCUGAGGGUUCUUCUUAUCACUCAUUCCUCACCUACCCUCCCUUCUUAUUACUCUUCUAAAGAAGAGGCUGAAGAUGACGAAGAAAAGGCAAAGCAAUCCGGCAAGAAAUUCAAAGAAAGGUUAAGCGACGUCAAGACUGCGGCCAAAUUCGUUAGAGAUGUCGCCAACUCCGACACUGAUUCGUACAAAAUGGACAAAGACACCAAGGAAACAAUCACGAAAAUGAAAGAGGCAGCUGAGACUGUGAAAGACGGGGUGAAUGACGUGAAGAAGACCACCAAAUUUGUGCGCAACAUUGCCUCUUCCACGGCUGACACGGUGAAGAAGCUGGCGAAAGAGGCUACAGACAAAGUAUCAAACUCGGCGAUUCAAGCCACCACUGAAAUUGUCAAGGACAAAGUGAAGGGGAAAUUUGAUUGAGCCGUUUUGGGUUUUCAUUUGAACCGAGGAAAAUGUACGCUUUUACGAGUCAUGACCAUACACUUAUUUCUCCAUUAUGAUUCAUCGAAGGAUUAGUUGUGUUUCAAUCUUAUUUGUAGGUCCACUACAACAAUUUUCGUCUAUUGUGACAGCAACAUUUUGUCAUAAUAGGACCAAAUUUCGUCAUAAUAAUGUUAUUUUGACAAAAACAUUUGUCAUAAUGUUCGUCAAAAUUACCUCGUCG